CGUCGAUAUUAAGGAGUGUUGCACGAGCACCUUUUUAUGUCUCUUGGCCCUUGAUUCCACGCUAGGCAUUUUCGGUGCCAACCGACGCGCUUGAAGGGCAAAUUUCUGCUGUCAUCAUUGUAUCUGGGAGCUGCUUCUAAAUGUCUUACACGUUAGAUCAGCAGCAUAAUAGGCCAGGUAGCGGGACGCCAACGGUCCUGGCGAUGAAACCACUGCCCGUAUUGGACGCAACCGGCGCACGGCCACCGCUCGCUCAGACGGAAUGGAGUGAAACCCUACCAAGCACGCUCGACGACGCACGUGUGGCUGCCGAGGCGCUACGAAACCUGCUCCAAGAUGCUGUAUUUCUGGACGAAGACUGUUACAGCAGCGCCGUGGACCACAGCCAGUACCAAGACAAACUGCACGCGCAACAAAAGCACGUGCACGACCUGGAAAAUGAGAUUGCCGCGCUGCGUGUUGAGCUGGAGCGUAAGGACGAGCUGCUGGCCGCAGCGGCAUCCCGGCAACGAGAGGCGCAGACGCAGAUAGGCGAGCUACAGCAGGAGCUAGAAAACAACGCGGUUGUGUUCCGGGUCCACUACCAGGAGUUGCUGACGCGGAAUGAGGAGAUCGAGCGGUUAAAAGCCGUCAUCGAGGGCCUGCAGGGCGGCUCGUAAUGGUACCGGUACUGUGCAUGUGCUGCAGGAAAAGUGUUGCAUGGGAGCUGGAUGACUUCUGCUCGCAGGCGUGUCAAAAGCAGCCACAACUGGCUGAAAAGUUUAGGAGCCGCCCGUUUUGGGGGUUGGUACUGUUAACGCGCAUUCAUGUAGCAGGUGCUGUUCGCAUAUCCUUGUCUUGCAUCAUGGUUUUGUUCAUUGGGUCAAGAGGCUACCUUCCGUGUGCAACCGGUAGAGGCAGGCAGUUGGACAAGUUGACUGAAGUGUGGAGACUCAGGUGCCAUGACCCAUGGGUCCCGUGUUGUCACCAGGUGCAGAUACAGCUUCAGACGAAUGCCGAAUAAUAGGGACGAAUAUAGGGCUACACAUCAUUGCAUAUUGUAGGCACGGAGGACGCUGAGUCCCUGCAUUUGCCCAUCUUAGGAGACACC